CUUCCUUUUCCCUGCCCUUGGAAGCAGCACGAGACUGUCUGUUCGGCAUCAUAACAUGGCUAAACUGAGCAAAGAGAGCAAACAGCGGCUGCAGCAGCUGUUCCAGUGCGGCCAGUUUGUCAUCCGAUGGGGUUUUAUUCCAACCGUGCUGUACCUCGGUUUCAAACGAGGAGCAGAUCCAGGGAUGCCUGAACCUACUUUCUUAAGCUUGCUCUGGGGCUGAGGAACAUCUUCACACAACCAAUCCCUAACCAUCAACCAAACCAUGUGACCCACCUGUGACUGGACGAAAUGGACUUCUUUUGCUUUCCCCUCUAAAAAUAAUAAUGAUCAGAUGACAUUUGUACAUUGUUUCUCACUACCUGUAAAGUAAUGAUUGGAUGUUAUCCAUUUCCAUGUAGUCUGUAACUAUGGUGCAUGUACAGAGAUGUGUGAACAGGUUUGUCCCUUGAAAUACACGCUGAUUGGACUAUCAGUUGGAGGGUUAUGUUUUGUUAAUGCAAAGCACUGAUGUUUGUUUCCUGUUUUUUCUUAGUUUUUAUUUGUAAUUUAACAUUUCUGAAAAUAAAUCUUCAAAGAAA